GCGGCGGGGGCGGCGGAGGAGUCGUCGGACAGCGAGGGCGAGCACGAGGGGCCCCAGAAGCUCAUCCGCAAGGUCUCCACCUCGGGGCAGAUCCGCACCAAGACCAGUAUAAAGGAAGGAUUACUUUUGAAGCAAACCAGUUCUUUUCAGAGGUGGAAGAAACGUUACUUUAAACUCCGGGGCCGUACUCUGUAUUAUGCCAAGGAUUCAAAGUCUCUGAUCUUUGAUGAAGUCGACCUGUCAGAUGCCAGCGUAGCUGAAUCAAGCACCAAAAAUGUCAACAACAGCUUCACGAUAAUCACUCCAUUCAGGAGGCUAAUAUUGUGUGCAGAGAAUAGAAAAGAGAUGGAGGAUUGGAUCAGCUCACUGAAGUCUGUACAGUCCCGAGAACAUUAUGAGACUGCACAGUUUAAUGUGGAACAUUUCUCAGGGAUGCAUAACUGGUACGCCUGCUCCCACGCGCGACCGACCUUCUGUAACGUCUGCAGAGAGAGCCUGUCUGGUGUUACUUCCCACGGCCUGUCCUGUGAAGUAUGCAAAUUUAAGGCUCAUAAAAGAUGUGCAGUUAGGGCAGUGAACAACUGCAAAUGGACAACGUUGACUUCAAUUGGAAAAGACAUUAUUGAAGAUGAAGAUGGUGUAGCUAUGCCCCACCAGUGGUUGGAAGGAAAUCUGCCCGUUAGUGCCAAAUGCGCAGUCUGUGACAAGACCUGUGGCAGUGUUCUACGGCUGCAAGAUUGGAAAUGCCUUUGGUGUAAAACUAUGGUGCACACGGCUUGCCGAGAUUUGUAUCCUCGCAAGUGUCCGCUCGGCCAAUGUAAAGUGUCCAUAAUUCCUCCUACAGCCCUGAACACAAUAGACUCUGAUGGGUUUUGGAAGGCCACGUGCCCACCGUCCUGUGCCAGUCCGCUCUUGGUUUUUGUCAAUUCGAAGAGUGGAGACAAUCAGGGAGUGAAAUUUCUCAGACGAUUCAAGCAGUCCCUAAAUCCAGCUCAGGUCUUUGAUUUAAUGAAUGGAGGACCUCAUUUAGGUUUACGGUUAUUUCAGAAAUUCGACAAUUUUCGAAUCCUUGUGUGUGGAGGAGAUGGAAGUGUUGGUUGGGUGUUGUCUGAAAUUGAUAAGCUCAACUUACACAAACAGUGUCAUUUGGGAGUGUUGCCUCUUGGUACAGGGAACGACCUCGCCCGCGUCCUUGGCUGGGGGGGAUCGUGUGAUGAUGAAACGCAACUUCCUCAGAUUCUGGAGAAGCUAGAACGAGCAAGCACCAAAAUGCUCGACAGGUGGAGCAUAAUGUCAUAUGAACUGAAAUUAAUAUCAAAACAAUCUAUUCUUCCCGCUACCCCAGAAGAGGAGUCUGAGGAAUGUCAGAUGUCUGCAUACGAGGAUUCCAUUGCUGCCCAUCUUGCUAAGAUACUUGAUUCUGAUCAGCACUCUGUUGUCAUAUCAUCUGCCAAGAUAUUAUGUGAAACAGUAAAAGGCUUUGUGGCCAAAAUAGGGAAGACCUGUGAAAGACCGAUGGAAAACACAGAAGCUGAUGCUAUGGCUGUGAGAUGUUCAGAUCUGAACGAGAAGCUCAACCUGUUACUUCAGGCCCUUCACGCGGAAGCCCGGGCUGCUCCCGCGCUGCCCCCAAUCACUUCCUCCGUUGCAGAAAAAGAAGGUGAAGAAUCAUCCAGCGAAGAGUCUUUAUCUGACGCCAGGGACCAAUUGAGAGAGAACAGCAUUGCGGCGGCUCCCACCCUCCCUAUCUUCAAGCCGCGAGAACAGCUACUGCUCAGAGCGAACAGCUUAAAAAAAGCCCUGAGGCAGCUGAUUGAGCAAGCAGAGAAAGUUGUGGAUGAGCAGAAUGCACAUACGGAAGAACAAAUAAAUCAGACACCGACAGAAUAUAGUAAGGAAUUGGAUGAAUCGAAAGAUGAGGAAAAAGAAGAAGAUACAAAGGAAACUGAAUCUCACCUAAUCAAAACUGCCCCCAAAUCUCCAGAUGGACAGAGAAGUCGCAUUUCUUCGCAUGCAAGUACACUUUCAGCCCCACCCUGUGCAGCCAGCAAAGAAAACCUUCCAGUGCUUAACACAAGAAUAAUUUGUCCAGGUCUAAGGGCAGGUCUAGCUGCCUCUAUUGCAGGGAGUUCCAUUAUCAGCAAAAUGUUGCUAGCAAACAUUGAUCCAUUUGGUGCUACACCUUUUAUUGAUCCUGAUCAAGAAUCACUGGAAGGAUAUUCAGAGAAAUGUGUCAUGAACAACUAUUUUGGCAUUGGAUUAGAUGCAAAGAUUUCAUUAGAAUUUAAUAAUAAGCGGGAGGAGCACCCUGAAAAGUGCAGAAGCAGAACCAAGAAUAUGAUGUGGUAUGGCGUUCUUGGUACGAAAGAGUUAUUGCAGCGGACAUACAAGAACCUGGAACAAAAAGUUCAGCUCGAGUGUGAUGGGCAGUACAUACCCCUUCCGAGUCUUCAGGGCAUCGCUGUUUUGAACAUUCCCAGCUACGCUGGUGGGAUUAAUUUCUGGGGUGGAACGAAGGAGGAUGACAUAUUUGGGGCGCCAUCAUUUGACGAUAAGAUCUUGGAGGUGGUUGCGGUAUUCGGCAGCAUGCAGAUGGCUGUUUCCCGUGUUUUCAAGCUACAGCAUCACAGGAUUGCGCAGUGCCGAUCAGUAAAAAUCACCAUACUUGGAGAGGAAGGAGUCCCGGUACAAGUAGACGGAGAGGCAUGGAUCCAGCCCCCAGGGAUUAUUAAAAUUGUGCAUAAAAACAGAGCACAGAUGCUGACCCGUGACAGAGCCUUUGAAAGUACCCUGAAGUCUUGGGAAGACAAACAGAAGUGUGAUCCCUGCAAACCGGUCCUGCGAUCUCCUUUAUACCCUCAGCAGGCGGUGGAGCUGGCCACAGAAGAAGAGGCUUCCCAGAUCAAGUUCUGCUCUCGGGCUGCGGAAGAACUGAUCACCAGAAUCUGUGAAGCUGCAAAAAUACACACCUUGUUGGAACAAGAGCUGGCUCACGCAGUGAAUGCAUGUUCUCAUGCCUUAAAUGAAGCCAGUCUGAGAUAUCCUGAGAGCCUUACCCGAAACAUUGCCCUUGAAAUAGCCGUCAGUGUGAAGGCGCUUCACGAUGAAACCGAAUCCUUGCUAGUAGGAAGGGUUCCUUUGCAGUUGGAAUCGCCUCACGAAGAGCUGCUCUCCAUGGCUGUGCAAAGCUUGGAGGUGGAAUUGAGGAAGCUGGCGGAAAUCCCUUGGCUGUAUUAUGUUCUCCAACUGAAUGAUGAUGAGGAUCCUCCGUUGGAAUAUGUUAAAAGAAACAGAAGCACAGUAUUUCGUAUAGUGCCAAAGUUCAAAAAGGAAAAGGCCAGAACACAGAAGACCAAGCCCCAACCUGUUCAAAAAUGGGGCACAGAUGAAGUUGCUGCUUGGCUGGAUCUGCUCAGUUUGGGAGAGUACAAAGAAACCUUCAUCAGCCACGACGUCCGGGGCUCUGAGCUUUUGCAUCUGGAAAGGAGAGAUCUUAAGGACCUGGGGAUAACGAAGGUGGGCCAUAUGAAGCGAAUUCUGCAGGGAAUUAAAGAACUGGGCAGGAACACCCCUUUGCCAGAAGUGUAGUGGUGCUGCUACCUUGGAAGGAGAAAUGCCGCUUCUGCAGAGCUGGGGAAGCA